GAUUAACAUUUUAGUCACCGCCUCCGCUAUUAACGGAAAUCGCGAAUUCUUCAGUUUUGAACGUAUCUCGGAGCAACGAACUUCUUUAACGCCGGUUGAAUUUGUUCGCUAAAAAUCUAGCACGGUACGUGCGUAUCAUCCGUUUAUCUUUAAGGUAACCGUUACAAGUUUCACCUGUGUGCGCAUUUGAACGAUCUAGUAUACAUUUGUCAUCUGCGUGCGGGAACGGGAACCACUCCCGAUUGGUGUUACAGUGUUUCCGUAAUACUCGACACUGAUUUAAUCAAGGAUACCAAGAUGGCUGUUAAUGUCUACGCAACAAAUGUAACAACGGAAAACUUAAGCCGACAUGAUAUGCUGGCUUGGGUAAACGACUGUUUGCAAGCGUCGUUUACCAAGAUCGAAGAAUUAUGCACUGGAGCGGUUUACUGUCAAUUUAUGGACAUGCUCUUUCCAGGUAGCGUCCCUUUAAAAAGGGUGAAAUUCAAGACAAAUCUAGAGCAUGAAUAUAUACAGAAUUUUAAAAUUCUGCAAGGGGGUUUCAAAAAAAUGAAUGUAGAUAAGAUUGUCCCCAUUGAUAGGCUGGUGAAAGGUCGCUUUCAAGAUAAUUUUGAAUUUCUGCAAUGGUUCAAGAAAUUCUUUGAUGCAAAUUACUCUAGAACGGAGCCAUACGAUGCUCUGGCUAUGAGAGCAGGAGAGACCAUGGGAAGUGGUGGCAGUAAUGCACCACAUGGCACUAAUCCAAAGCGCACCACUCCUCGUGAUGUAGCUUUACCUAAAGCACCAGCUCGUAUCGGUGAGGGAACUACGGCUCCUGCACACACAGCUAGUCCCAAGUCUAUAAGCAAUAUUAAUAAAGUACCAGCACAUCGCCCGCCAGUAAAAACCGGCCCGGUCGGUAACCGUGGGGACAAUGGAAAAGUUGAGGAACUCAGUGCUCAGUUGGUAGAGUUAAAAAUGUCGGUGGAGGGUUUAGAAAAAGAACGAGACUUCUAUUUUGGCAAAUUGCGCGAUAUCGAAGUGAUGUGCCAAGAUUGUGAUAACGGAGAUCCUCCUCCUAUAGUACAGAAGAUCUUAGAAGUUCUUUACGCCACGGAGGAAGGAUUUGCGCCACCUGAAGAGUUAGAGGGAGAUGGACUCGCGCCUGACGACGAAGAAGAAUAUUAAUUUUACUUUUUUGUACAAUUAUUAUAAAAAAGUUAACAGCAAAGUCCAUGUGCGUUUCAGUUUCUUACGUUUGUGAGUCAGUAUCAGUACCCUUUGCAUAAUCGAUGAAGCUACUUUGUAUAGCUAUUUAAGCAUUUUGCGCCUUAAUUUCGUUACGGAGAUCACCGAAUUCAUUGGAGGUUCGCACGUAAUUAGGAUAGUGCGGGAGAGAGAGAGCGAGAGAGAGAGAGAGAAAGUGAGCGAGAAAGCGAGCGAGAAAGAGAGAAAGAAAAAAAGAUAUAUGUCGAGAAUAAUGCACUCAAAUAACUUGUAUUCUACGACAAGUAGCUAUUAAGAGGAAAACAGAAUUAGCGAUUUACAUAUUGUCAUAGUUCUUUAUCGUAUUACGAAUAAAGGUAGAGCUUUGAACAUUCACGAGUUACAAAGUGUAUCGAGAGAAAAAAAAUACUAAAAAAGAAGAAAUUAAAAAUGAUUCAGACGUCUGUCUGAUCUACUUUGUUAUACAGUGAUAAUUCUGUUAACUAUGUUUCAUUCAUGUGUGAGUGUUUUUUCAUUUUUUAAUUGUUUGUAAAUGCACUAUGUUUUUAUCGAUAAAUAAGAUAUCAAUCUUGUCAGUUUAUCUUUUCGUACCUUGUUGUAGUUCCCCCAGAGAGACAGAGUGUAGAAUUAUAUUCGUGUAUAAUUAUAGCGCUGUUUAACUUGUUCGUGCAACAUAUGAAAAAAAAAAGAAGAAGAAAUGUGCUGCGUAAUUGAUUGUUAAAUACAUUUAUUUACUUAUAAUUAGCGGAGAAGAAAACUACACAAUAUGUAUGUUGGAAGCACGGAGAUGACACACUGAAUUCUACGGGUUUUUAUAAAUUUCCUUUUUGUUCUCGAAUCCUCGUUGUAACGGAAAAGAAAGCGUUUUCUUUUUUACGGUCGAAACGAAUAACUGCGACAGAAUUGCGAUCAAUUUUCUUUCGGCGAAAAUAGGAUAUACAAAAUGUUAAUAAUCGAUUUUUGUUCCCGGUACUGAAUUCUGGAGAUGCAAAAGACAGAUCGACGGAGAUUCGAUUUUAAUCGGUGCGUACUUUUUGAUUUUGCAAUAUUAUCGGUUGCGCCGAGGCUCUGGCGAUCGUCUUUGCGUCUCCAUGGUCCGUCUUUCAGAACAAGAAUGGCCUUAUACAAUCAACUUCCGAUUGCAAGAGAAGUACGAAAUGUAGUUCGCAAGAAAAUACACUCUUGUCAAAAAUUACGAUAAUGCGUUUCAAAGAUUCGACGCUUCUUUUUUACUAACUCGACAUACGGGGUGUUGAACAAAAGCAUUCAAUAUUUAUAUGAUAUAUUAUAUUAUGUUAUAUAUAUAUAAUUAUUGAAUGCUACAGUACACACUGUACCGAGUAAAAAGGCCUUAGUAAACAUAGCUAGAUUUCAUUGAGAAUCAGUCAAUUGUGAACCUAAAUAGUAUUACACGGUUACAUCGAUAUUACACAUUUAUUAUCAAUCAUAAUGUUAGCAAACAGAAAUGUUUAUAUCUCAGGAACGGUUGACCUUUCGACCUAUGUUUACCAAGGCGUUUUUAAAUCAGCACAGUGCGUCCUAUAUACCACACAUAUAUAUAUACAUAUUAUAUUUAAAGUGGAAUUUUUGCUGGCUGUGUAACAUUAAAUUCCAGAUGGGUUGUUCAUUUAUUUACAGCAGUUCUGAAUAUGCAUUUUAAGUCAAUUCGAUUCUCGAACUUUUUGACAAGAGGUCAUUUUUUUAAACAUCGAACCCUUUAAUUAUUAGAGCGAACGUGAAGUAAAUAUAUAUUUCCGAGUAUCGCAACGCGGAUAAUCGCUUCAUUAAAGAGACUUUAAAAAAAAAAGAACAAAAUCAAGAAACGAAAUUGUAAAAGUGCGUGGCUCGGAGUGUGUGCGUGUGCGUGUGUGAAAGUAAAAAAGAAACGAGCGAAAGAAUGUUCUUCAACGCGCAGAGGCGAACUAUCGACGCAAGUAUUUCCCUGCGCGCGGUGUAUACGUGUAUGACUGUUUAAUUGUGUGCCUCGGAGAAAAAUUAACGUAACGAAGCAAGGAAUCGUCGACUCUAUCACACGAAUACAAAAUUGUAUCACGAUUUUAGAUUCCUAAGAGCAGAUAUAUCUUGUAAGAAAUGCGUCCAUUCUAUUGUUAUAUUGUAUUGUUUUUUCUUUUUGAUGAUCGGCGCGCGUACCGUGCUGUGCGUGUCACUUUUUAAAAAAAGGCGAAAGAUUCACCGGUUUCAACUUAACGCUAAUAACGUUCAUUGCUCUCUGUGUGCGUAAUACAGCGGUCAUUGUAAAAAAAAAAUAUGCUUCAAAAUUUGGAAAUUCUAUCGAUGAGGUAAUAAACGUUUAAUAGAAUUCAAA